AUGAACUCGGCAAUAAUGCAAGGAGCCGCAAUGGCUACGUCGCACGGAAUUGCCCGUCUGAAUCGACACAAUGCACAGAGGAAUCAUUUUCAUAUUCCAACUGCCAAUCGACUGUUUUAUCAACUACAGACGGCAUGCACAAGCACGGAAGAUGAGCGCCGAACCAUUCAGACGGAUGACGCGACGGAGAUGGGAAUUCAGAAACCCGAUUAUCAGAUGUACUGUGGAGAGACAGAAAUUAGUGAGCAAUUUAUUAAACUGAAUGUUGGCGGUCAAAGAUUUAUGCUUCGAAAGGAAACGAUCCGAAAACGAGGUGUUGGACGUCUUCUGGAUCUUGUCAACAAACCAGUGGCAGAUUCCAAUGCGGACGCCUUCUUUAGUGCCACUUCGGAAUUUUAUUUCGAACGGCCACCAGCUUUAUUUCAUAUUGUUUAUCAGUUUUACCUCAAUGGAAUCAUCCAUCAACCGACGAAUUUGUGUCCUGUGGACAUUAUUGAAGAAUUGGAAUAUUGGAGAAUCAUACCUGACGAGUAUUUAGCAUCAUGUUGUUGUGCGCAGCAGCCGGACGAUGACGACGACGAGCAUGAAGAGCAAGACAAACCAAACCUGUUCAAGACUCUGAAAUUCGGUGAGAUUCGAAGAACAAUCUGGAAUAUAAUCGAAGAGCCAGCAAGUUCUGGAAAAGCGCAAGUUUUCGCUGUCUUCUCAGUAUUCUUCGUUUUGAUUUCAAUCAGUGGACUGGUUUUGGGAAGUCUUCCUGAACUACAAGUAGCAACGAAGCAGAAGAAUAAUCUGACUGGAGAGGAAUACGUGGAAAUGGAGCCGAUGCCAAUUUUGGGAUACAUUGAAUAUGUCUGCAUUGUUUGGUUCUCGAUUGAAUAUGGCUUGAAAAUGUUGGUGAGCGCGGAACGGAGCCGAACUUUCCGUCAGCUUCUGAAUAUUAUUGAUUUAUUGGCGAUUCUUCCGUUUCUCAUUGAAAUGCUUCUUCUGAUUUUUGGAAUCUCUACGGAGCAGCUGAGAGAUCUCAAGGGAGCAUUCCUUGUAAUCAGAAUUCUCCGAGUUCUUCGAGUCAUUCGAGUUCUGAAACUAGGAAGGUAUUCAAGUGGAUUGCAAAUGUUCGGGAAAACUUUGAAGGCUUCUUUCCGUCAACUGGGAAUGAUGGCAAUGGUUGUGAUGACUGGAGUCAUCUCUUCUCCACUUUGGUUUAUUUCCUUGAGAAAGAUGAACCAGGAUCCAAGUUCCAUUCUAUUCCAGCAGCAUGUUGGUGGGUACGGUGACUUGACACCCAUCACAGUCCCUGGAAAACUCGUGGCAACUGGAGCAAUCGCUUGUGGAGUACUCGUUUUGGCUCUUCCUAUCACUAUCAUCGUCGAUAACUUUAUGAAAGUGGCUGAAACGGAACGACCAGCCGGCGGAAAUCGUUACCGUACAUCUCAAUAUCCAUCAGAACCCAAAGCAACAAAAUCAGAGCAAAUGGUUUUGAAAGUUGCCUAA